AUGUCAGGCUCAUUUUCCGACAACUUCAAUAGCAAUAACAGCAACGGUUUGAUGGAUAAUGCUAACGAAAUCAAUCGAAAAUUGGGUCCAUUAGGAUACGGUAACGGUCCAUUCCCUGUUUACGUCGUUCCAUCCAACGGAUGGAAUGCAGCGAUUGUCGGUUUGUUAUCUUGCAUACUUGCUAUACUUGUUCUAUUGACAAGUCUUUAUUAUUUGGCUUAUCGUCGUCGCUACAUGAAGAAUCUAUCAGAAUGUCCAUCACCAGUUGUUCUUGUUGAAAAAUCAUCAGCAUCACCAAAAUUGGUCAUCAGUGGAUCACAAACAGCUAUGACAACAUUUGUUAACGAAACAGGCAAAGAAGCAAAAGUUAAUGGAUAUACUGAACAACAGAAUGGAAAUGGCGAUCUAGUUGGUAAUGGGCAUGCAUCACCAUCGCACACAAAUGGUCUUUUGGCUAAUGGUAAUACUGAUCAAAGUGAACUUCGUUUACUUCAACAUGAAGAUAAUUAA